AUGGCGGCGGCAGCGUGUGGCGGGGAGGCGGCGGUAGCGGCGCGGGCCCUUUGCGCUUUCUCUCCCCGCGACCGUCGUUUCUUCGCCAUCUCCGGUUCGGAUGGGCGUCUGCGGGUGUGGGAGACGGCCAACAGCCGCUUGCAGCACGAGUACGUGCCCUCCGCCCACCUCAGCGCUGCCUGUACUUGCCUGGCCUGGGCCCCGCCGGGGGGACGCCCGCCCCCCAGCAAGGAUGGCCCCCAGAGGAAAAAACGGAAGUCUGAAGUUGCAGAAGUAGACAAGCAGUUAGAUAUCCUGGCUAUUGGUACAGCAGUUGGUAGCAUUUUGUUGUACAGCACAGUAAAAGGAGAAUUACAGAGCAAGCUAGAUGGUGGUCAUGACAAUAGAGUAAACUGUGUGAGAUGGCAUCAGGACAACUGCUGCUUAUAUAGCUGUUCAGAGGACAAACACAUUGUGGAAUGGAACACACAGACCUGCAAAGUAAAGUGCAAGUGGAAAGGUGACAAUAGCAGUGUCACCUCUCUAUGCAUCAGUCCAGAUGGGAAAAUGCUGCUGUCAGCCGGUAGAACUAUAAAACUGUGGGACCUGGAGACCAAAGAAGUCUACAGACAUUUCACAGGCCAUGCUACAUCAGUGUCAUCACUAAUGUUUACCACAGUGAAACCUAUGAAUGAAAAUAAGCCCUUUGAUGGAAUUACAGGGCUUUAUUUCUUGUCUGGAGCUAUACAUGACCGAUUACUGAGUGUAUGGCAGAUCAGAUCAGAUAGGAAAGAAAAGAAUGCCGUGAUGUCUUUCACAGUAACAGAUGAACCAAUUUUUAUUGACCUGACUGUAUCAGAAGUCAAAGAAGAGCCUGUGAAGUUAGCGGUUGUGUGCAGAGAUGGGCAGUUGCAUUUAUUUGAACAUAUCUUAAAUGGUUAUUGCAAAAAACCCUUAACAUCAAACUGUACUAUCCAGAUAGCAACACCUGGAAAUGAUGGGGACUCCACACCAAAACCAGUCCCUAUUCUAGCAGCUGCGUUUUGCACAGACAAACAGUCUCUGCUGCUUGUGUAUGGAAACACCUUACAGCCCAUCAUAGAGAAAGUGUCUUUGAACACCGCUGAAUCCCACGUAUGUUUGAUAAGGGACAUCCAGAAAGUGUUGUCACUUAAAACAGAUGUUGCUCUAACAAAGGUAAAGACGCCUGUUGUGAACUCGGACACCAAAGUUCUAGUGCCUGGCAUUCCAGGACACAGUACAGCUGUCAAAACUCCAUCCUCGGGAAAGGAGAAAAAGAAAAACAAGAGGAAAUCAGGAGAGACAGAGGAGAGCAUUGAAGAGCGCCUAGGGGCAUUGGAUAUUGACGCGAGCAAAGUAAAAACUCCAGGUGGCCUUCCACAAACAGAUAGCUUCGCAGUACUUUUGGUUCAGGGCUUGGAAAGCAACGACGCAGAAAUCUUAAAUAGAGUGCUUAACACAAGAAAGGAAACUGUAAUAAAGAACACAGUAGCCAGAAUGCCUAUACAUGCUGUCAUUCCACUGCUACAUGAGCUUACGAAGAGAUUGCAGGGCAACCCAUACAGUGCCUCACUAAUGGUUCGAUGGCUGAAGUCUGUUUUUACUCUACAUGCAUCCUACCUUUCCACAUUGCCAGACCUUAUUCCUCAGCUGGGAAUGCUAUACCAGUUAAUGGAGAGCAGAGUAAAAACUUUGCAGAAGCUUUCCCGUCUACAUGGAAGACUCUUCAUUCUUGUCACCCAGGUUGCAGCGUCGGAAACAGUUCAGGAUGUAACUGAAGUUAAUCAGACUGCAAAGCUGGUAUACGAGGAUGAAUCCUCAGAGGAGGAAGGCUCAGAUGAUGAGAUGAUUGCAGAUAAAGACUCUGAUGAAAACUGGGAUGAAGAUGAAGAAAAAGAGGAGCAAUCUGAUGAACAAGACAUGACUGUUGAAAAGGAAAUCAAUGGUGAUUCUGAUUUGGAACCAGAAAAUGAAAGUGAAGAAGAAUAACGGCACGGAAGAAUAAUUUUAACAGUUUAAACAAGUGGGCCACCAAACUCUCUAAUUCUGGAUCAUCUUGCUGAAAGAUGCCAUAUUUGCAUAUAGGGAGUGCAGACUGAUGCACGGCCUGUGUGCAGAGGCACAUGUUGGGGGACUGCAUUUCGGAAUCCAGAAUGUUUAACCAUGCCAGCCUUCUCUCGCCCUAUUUCCCUGCGCUUACUUAUAGAAACAUUUCUUCCACCUCAUGGUCAGAUUAUGCCUGUCAUGUGGACAUGCAUUUGUAUCUCAAGUGAAAUAAAUCUGCCACCGCUGUUUGUGUGGUAAACUUG